AUGCACCGGCCCCGCUGUAGCACGCACCAGCACGACUUCUGCAGUGUGUGCCCCGCUCAGCUCUUCAGCAUUGACAGGCUCGCCAGCGACGAGCAUGUGCACACAUGUAUUUGUUUGGAACGGCAUGAGCGAAUAAGCCUGGAACCUGGAACAGCAAUUCAGCCCUGCAACCUGGGCGAGCCGUUCUUGAACUUGGAACCUGAAUUAUCUUCAGAUCGAUCUCUACAGCGGCCGAUCGGCGAUAGCAACCUGGGCGACCGCCGACAGGAGUUCAAGGCCGCAGCCGUUCGAUCUAUAAUGCAGCGCCACAGCGGCGACAGGAGUUCAAGUGUUCAGAGCUUAAACUGCGACGGCCGACGGGUGACAGAUAGAGUGGGCACUUCUGAUCAAGAUAUGCCGGAGAUGGAAAAUGUUGCAGAGCAAGCUGAAAUUGUAACCACACCUUAUCACAGAGAUCUGCUUGUCCUUUUAGAGGCCAUGAUGAAUCUGUGGGUUCUAAGAACCGAGGAAAUUUUUAUUGAAAUGGUCAAGAUUCUUGCUUCGUACAAUAAAGACAUGGCAGCGGUUGUUUUGGAAAAUGCUCCUGGAAAUGCAAAGUAUACCUCCGGAGAAGUUCAGAAAGAGAUUGUUGGCAUACUUGCUCGACAAGUGCAAAAGUCAAUUAAAGAAGAAAUCGGUAAUGGCAAGUUCUGUAUAAUGGUUGAUGAAGGUCGAGAUGAAUCAAAAAAGGAACAAACAGCAAUUGUUAUUCGGUUUGCCAACAAAGAAGCAGAAAUAACUGAGCGAUUUCUUGAUCUAGUUCACGUUAAUGACACUGCUGCCUUAACUCUGAAAAAUGCAAUUUGUGGUGUACUAGCAGAUAAUGACGUGAAUUUACAGUUGGCUCUUGUUGCUGCAUCAAGGGAGCUAGAUGUGUGUAACCAUCCAGAACUGAUUACCUUGCCAUCAAUUGCUGGUUUAGCAAAAGGACUAGUUAAAACAGAUAAAGCUUCUUCACAUCCAAUGGUUGACAGUACAAAACUUUCGGGACAGAGGGAGGCCCAUAUAAACAGAACCCAGCCCACCCAGAACACAAACGCUGCCUCACUCAACUCUCAGUCUCUCACUUCCCAAACCGAAGCCCAAAGCCUUGACCUUUUUCCCACCCAACCAAAACCGCGAGCAAACCCUCACGCCGGCGGCGGCCGCCCCCCACCGACGACGAUGCCCGGCGACGCCUCCACGGCGGCCGAGGCGCUGGCGCAGGCGGAGGCCGACCUCUCCGCGGGCCGCCUCCGCGCCGCGCAGAGGCAGGCCCGCCGCGCCGCCCGCCUCGACCCGGACUCGGCAGCCGCCUCCGUCCUCCUCGCCGCCACCUCAGUCCUCCUCGCCGACGCCGGCUGCCCCCGCGCCACCCUCCUCCUCCCCGAGGACCCAAAGUCGUCCCUCGCCAGCGACCCCGACGCCGUCCGCCGCCACUACAAGUCCCUCUCCAGAUCCCUCCGCCCCGACGACGGCGCCUCCUCCUACCCCGCCGCCGCCGCCGCGGCCCAGGAGGCGCUCCGCCGCGCCGCCGACGCCUACGCCGCGCUCAAGGAGGAGCGGGAUGCCCCGCCCCCGCCGCCCACCUUCUGGACGGCCUGCGCCGGCUGCCGCCUUCUCCACGAGUUCGACCGCCAGUACGUCGGCUUCCGCCUCACCUGCCCCUCCUGCCGCCGGACGUUCCUCGGCUCCGAGGUGCCCCCUCCUCCGCCGCCCAAGAAGCACAAGGCGGAGAAGACGCUCGCCGAGAUGCAGCUCCAGCUCGCCAAGAGAAGAGGGAAGGAUCACAAGGUACCCCAGAGCUCAUCCAGUGAUGAAUAUGACGAGCCGGCGGAAUCGGAGGUGCAGGAGGAGGACCCGGUUAGCGAUCACUCGGGGCAGAUGACUGUGGAAGACUCAGACUUCUACAAUUUUGAUGCCGACCGCGUCGAAAAGUGCUUCAAGAGAGGCCAGGUAUGGGCAUUGUAUGGGGACGACGAUGGCAUGCCGCGGCACUAUGCGCUGGUGGAGAUGGCAUCGCCGGGCAGGCAGUUCCGCGCACAGAUACGGUGGCUGGAGCACCAGCCUGACGGGAAGGAGGGGAAGCCAUGUGGGUCGUUCAAGGUCGGGAGAGAAGCCAUGGUGAGCUCGGUGAAUGUCUUCUCACAUCUUGUUGCCUGUGAAAGGGUGGCGAGGGAGAAGUACCGUGUUUACCCCAAAAAGGGGUCAGUCUGGGCGCUCCAUGCCGGAGAGUACGCCGACACCGGGAGGCCCAAGUAUGACUUUGUGGUGUUCCUCAGCGGGUACAGUAACGUGCACGGCAUUAGCUUUGGCUACCUGGACAAGGUUGAGGGUUUCAGGAGCAUCUUCACGCGCCGCGAGAUAGGUGUCCAUGCCAUUCAGUACCUCCGGGAGGGCGAUGUUGGGAUGCUUUCGCAUCAGACACCAGCAAAGAAAGUCUCCAAGGGUGAGUCCUCGGCACUGCCUCCUGGGGAUUGCUGGGAGCUUGACCCUGCAUCUUUGCCUGCUGAAUUACUGCACGCCUAAAGGCACAAGUGGCUUCGGAGUGAUAAUGCUGACAGGGCCGUUAGGACUGUUUAGGUUCCAAGUUGUGUAUUAGUAGGGGAAGAUGAUCAUUUGGAUGGUGUCAGAUGAUGUGAUGAUGCUUCUAUUUGAAAACUCUAGAUGGAUAUUGGUCUUCUUCAAGUGGAGACUUUGAAAUCAUGGAUGAUUGUGGCUGUUUCAGAGUUCAGUGCUCAGUGUUGAGUUCUACUAUUGCAGUGUGUGAAAUGGAUUAUCUUCAUAUGUAUUGAUUGAUUCCGUGAAUUUUAGGGAAUUAUUUGAUCUAA